AAACAAUGAGUUCAACACAACAGGACCAACAUGGAGCGAGAAGUCAGCGCUCUCAGGACGCUGACAAACCUCACAGAAGGAAGGGAGGAAAAAAAUACACCUGUGAUCACUGUGGGAAGGAUUUUACCUGGAAGAGUAACCUAAAUACCCACCAACUCUUCCACACUGGAGAGAAGCCGUUCAGCUGUGACUUAUGUGGAAAGUCUUUUACCCUGGCUGGAAAUUUAAAAAGACACCAACUCAUCCACAGUGGAGAGAAGCCGUUCAGCUGUGACUUGUGUGGAAAGUCUUUUACCCUGGCUGGACACUUAAAAAGACACCAACUCAUCCACAGUGGAGAGAAGCCGUACAGCUGUGAUCAGUGUGGCAGAGCUUUUAAUCGCAGUACUAACUUAAAGAUGCAUCAAGUUACCCACUCUGGAAUUAAGGCAUACAGCUGUGACUAUUGUGGAAAAACUUUCAGCAGCAUAGGGAGCAGAAAUGCACACCUACGUAUUCACACUGGACAUGAUGUGUACUGCUGUGAUCAGUGUGGGAAAAAGUGUGCAACAGACGCACACUUACAAUCCCACAUGUUUACCCACACUGAGGAGAGACCUCAUAAAUGUGACCUGUGUGAUAAGACUUUUAAAGCUCCACAGCACCUGAGAGCACACCAACAGAUCCACAGCAGAAAGAGACUCUACAAGUGCAGUUACUGUGAGAAGCAGAGCCACACAGAUGGAUCCAGUUCUCAACCCUGUCAUCGCUGUGGUGGUGGGAAAGCGUUUCUCUGUGACCUUUGUGGGAAAACUUUCAGUCAUCAACAGAGCCUAAAAAUACAUCAGCGUAGACACACUGGACACAAACUGAAGUACUGCAAAGAAUGUGGGAGAAGCUUCACCACAACAAGUGCAUUAAAACUACAUGAACUCAUCCACAGUGGGGUUAAAAAGCACGUCUGUGACCAGUGUGGGUCAUCCUUCAUCACUGCAGCUUCACAGCAGAUGGAAGGAAACUCAAAGAGCCACUAAUGCAGCCGCUGUGCU